CAGAAAUUCGGUGCGAUGAGCACAACCCUACUCGGCAACGUUGCCCUUGAAAGCGUGCUUUCCUACCCGCAGUUUGUGACGACCCCGAACAACGCGCUCCAACUGUUCUACCGGUCGGCCGCGCAACCAACGCGACGACGCCCAACAUCGCGACUUACAACGGCACCAAGAACGCAUGGACGGCGAUGGGAACGUAUGCAUCCAACACGGGUUCGUACACAACACCGGGGGGGCAAGACGAGCACGGUCUUCCACAGUUUCAUCCCGCACGGAUAUGCGUAUGAUGUGGAGAACACGUUGCAUGUCUAUGGAACCUUCCGCGAGAGCGACACUUCGCUUUUUUGUGCAAUCCCGGCGGGCUAGCGAACCACGACACAUUCUAUGUACAUCGUUUCCAACGAUUACGGAAGGGCUUUCAACACCUGGAAAAAGCCGCAGAUCGGAGUCACGGGAGGCACGCCCACGUUCCGCGUCGACGACACCAACGUCGACAUCGACACGAUCGGGAUCGACCAGGUGUUGAUGGACACAGAGGGCACGCCCGUGGUCGCGUACAAAACGGGCCUCCCGUACACAUCCACCUCCUAUGUGCCCCCAAUCUCUUCCUUAUGUUCAACGAACUGGGCGAACGACCGCAUCGCGAAAGGCCAGAGCUACCUCGUGCCCCGUAUGGCGGGCGGGUUCAACAAAACGGCGAUCCCGUUCCCGAUCAACUCAUGGUCGACGUCCCAUCUCGUUCUUGACAGCAGCGAUAACGCGUAUGUGAUCAUCAACGACUUGCCCGUUGUGCGUGGGACUGCGGCGAGUACCUGGACGAGCUGGGAGUUGCUGGCAGACUUUGGGCAGGAGGUAGGUAAUACGGGAUAAAGCCUUGAAAGUUAAUUUGGCAUAAACUAAAUACAAAGUCGGAUAACGUCGGGGAAUCAGCCUCCGUGGGAUGCGAAGGAA